CUUUUCUUCACUCCCUGGGGUACAGAAGCGGAUCCUGAGUUCAGAAUCACUCGAGAUUUUCCUUAGCGAAUUCACUCGAGAGAGUUCGGGGACUUCACGCCGUGCUAGCCUUUCCCUUCGGAUUCAUCUCUUAGUACGUGGGGCAGGACGUGACGGAAGAGUAGGAAGUUUGAGGAAGAAAAUGAAGAAAUGGGAGGAGGUGCAGAAGGCGGACAGGGUAAAAGGAAGAGACUUUUUUCUAAAGAAUUGCGAUGUAUGAUGUAUGGGUUUGGGGAUGACCAGAAUCCUUAUACUGAGUCAGUGGAUAUUCUUGAAGACCUUGUCAUAGAGUUCAUCACUGAAAUGACUCACAAGGCAAUGUCAAUUGGAAGACAAGGUCGGGUACAAGUUGAAGAUAUCGUCUUCUUGAUUCGAAAGGACCCAAGGAAGUUUGCUAGGGUUAAAGACUUGCUUACUAUGAAUGAAGAAUUGAAACGAGCUAGAAAAGCAUUUGAUGAAGCAAACUAUGGAUCUUGACACCUUCUGUACUUUCUGAAGCUUCAUUAUCUUCUGGGGAAACCAUAUAUCAUAACUUUAUUUUCCACAUUGGGGUCCUAAUAUCUAGCCAUGUAUAUGCAAGAUGGAGAAACAAAAAGUCUUCAGCUUUUAUUUUCAUGUCUUCGAUUUUAGAAUGAUAUUUGAGCCUUGAAUUGCCUGCCCUUAUAGGACUAUACUUGAAUUACUUACUGGGUUUUAAUGACCACAUGUAAGUUGAAGUACCUUGCAAACUAUGUGGUUCCUUCUGACUUUUGACUAAGUGAUGAAGUAGUAUUUAUGUAUUGGGUGUAUUUGUGCCCUUGUAGGCUAUACCGUAGCUGUUUAAUAUAUGAAAUCUAUAGGGCACCUCCGACUAUGAUUGCUAAGACGUGUUUCAUGUAUUCUAAAGUUUUUAGACUACAGUAGUAGUCUAAGAGAUUAUUAAAAGAUAGUGAACUGGUUUGUUUUUUUUUUUAAGGAGAAGAUGAUACAAGAAAAUAGUCUUUUGUAGGAAUGUUUAUCUAAGAUACUUGUUUUUUUUAAUAUUCUUUAGAUUACAAGAAUGAUUAUUUUUUAAACUAAAAGUUUCAUGUGAAUUCUUCCGUAUUGGAAGGCUUUUGAUUUAAAACCUUUUGUGCUUAUAAUGUACUAGUUGUCAAGUUUUAAGAGAACUAAUUUUCCCAGGUCAGAUUAAAGCUUCUAGAAAUAAAUGCUUUCAGUAGUAGGAAUGGUAUUGCUUAAAAAGCUGAUGGCAGGAUAAGCAUUUGGGAUAGUGUUUUAUUAAUGUAUUUGUUAGUACUUGUUCAUUGUGGAAAUGUGUACUUGACUAAAACCAUAUAUGGCUAUGGAAACCACUUUUGUAGUUCAGGAUAUACAAGUUUUGUGUGUGUUUAGCUUAUUGUAUUAAAUUAUUGCACUUAGUUUAAAAUAAGGAUUAAAACUGCAUUUAAAGGGAUCACUGAAUAUUACUCUGUGAAACAGUGUUUUCUGUAUUGCUUAUAAACAUUAUCUAUAAAUCAGCAUGUAGGAGAAUUUCACUUUCUUAAUCUGUUGAUACAAGGAAUAAAGUAAAAAAUUAGAUUAA